AUCUGCCAGGUCGAGCCUGCUAUGGGGAAAGAGCACCAGCCCCACCACUUUAACCAGCUCCGUGUGGCCUGGGCAAGACACAAAACCCCUCUGAGCUAGGAUGCUCUCAGCUUUAAAAUUGGAGACAAUCCUACAUUCCUUAGCAUUUGUGUGAGUUUUAAGUGGAGACUACGUUACAAGUGCCUGGUAAAUGGUGAAUACUGAGCGUUCCAUUUUCUUCGUGGAAUGCUAGGACCCAGGGAGGCAGGCUUCUGGCCACUAGAGGGUAGCAGACAGGUACGGGUCAACUGGGCCGAGGGCGGGGAGACUAGAAAGGAGACCUGACGGCGCGGGAUAAACACGGCCACGCGGAUUCCAGCACCUGCAGGGUCCGAGGGCUCCGGCUGGGGCUGAGGGAGAGCCAGGCUUCUCCAGAAGUGACAGCAGCUUGCAGGGGGUCCGGGUGGGCAAAGCGUGUCAAGACUUUACCACCGAAGUAGAUGCCAGCGAGCAGACUACUGGGGACCCUAGGAACGCUGGGGCCCUAAGGCUAGGCUGGACGAGCCCAUGAAUAUUGCCUAGUGUCUGGAGAGCCUUCCAGCAGGAAUCCUGGGCGUUGUCGGAAAAUGCCCUCGACCCCACCAUCUGCUCUCCCUACGAGGCCUCCUUGCCCUCAGAUCUCUACCCGUUUGGGGACUAGCAGUUCUCCUCCCCAGUUCUACCCUGUUCUCUUCCCCCUGCCAGCCCAUCCCAGGCCUGGCCCCCCUGAGGAAUUUUCUGCGCCAGUGGGUGGCGGAAAGUACAGAUGCCCACCCCAGCGACUCUCCUGCCACCCGCCCAGGCCAGUGCCCUGUGCCCAACCCCAGAGGGUGCGGGAUGACAGACUCUGACAAUCAUUAAACCAGCCGGGCCUGAUUUCCCAGCACCGCCUGCCAGGAUCCGGGCCAAGUGGCACAAAAUAUGCAAAUCACCUGGGGCCAGAAGCCCAGUCUAAAGGCCAGGAAAUCCCCUCCGUCCAAUGAGCCACCAGCUCAGGUUACCGCCGGGUGCACUAUAAAGCCCUGGGCUCGGGGAGGAGCUCCCAAACGCCUCUAUUUAGGGAGGGUGGGGGAGCGCGGGCCAGACGCCUCAGAGCUACCUGGCGCAGCUUUUGGCCUCCUGGAUUUCUUGCCUGCCUACUGUCCCUUAAUCCUGCCUGCCUGCCACACCCACACUCCACCAGUCAGGUAGCCUCAUGGCUGCAACCUGUGAGAUUAGCAACGUCUUUAGCAACUACUUCAGUACUAUGUACAGCUCAGAAGAGCCCGCUCUGACUUCCGUCCCCCCUGCCGCCACCUUUGGGGCUGAUGACCUGGUGCUGACCCUGAGUAACCCCCAGAUGCCACUGGAGGGCACAGAGAAGGCCAGCUGGUCGGGGAAGCAGCCCCAGUUCUGGUCAAAGGCCCAGGUUCUGGACUGGAUCAGCUACCAAGUGGAGAAGAACAAAUACGACGCGAGUUCCAUCGACUUCUCGCGGUGUGACAUGGACGGGGCCACGCUCUGCAACUGUGCCCCCGAGGAGCUGCGCCUAGUCUUCGGGCCUCUGGGGGACCAACUCUAUUCCCAGCUGUGGGACCUCACUUCCAGCUUUCCUGACGAACUCAGCUGGAUCAUUGAGCUGCUGGAGAAGGACAGCAUGGCCUUCCAGGAGACCCUGGGCCCCUUUGACCAGGGAAGCCCCUUCAGCCAAGAGAUGCUGGAGGAGGGCCGGCAGGCCGGCCCCUACUUCCCUGGCAGCUACGGCCCAGGAGCCCCCUCCCCCGGCAGCUCCGAUGUCUCCACCGCAGGGACUGGUACUUCCCAGAGUCCCCACUCCUCAGACUCCGGUGCAAGUGAUGUGGACCUGGAUCCCAGUGACAGCAAGCUCUUCUCUAGGGACGGCUUUCCUGACUAUAAGAAGGGGGAUCCUAAGCAUGGGAAGCGGAAACGGGGUCGGCCUCGAAAGCUGAGCAAAGAGUCUCGGGAGUGUCUGGAGGGCAAGAAGAGCAAGCAUGCCCCCAGAGGUACCCACCUGUGGGAGUUUAUCCGGGACAUCCUCAUCCACCCGGAACUCAAUGAAGGCCUCAUGAAGUGGGAGAACCGGCAAGAGGGUGUCUUCAAGUUCCUGCGGUCAGAGGCUGUGGCCCAGCUUUGGGGCCAAAAGAAGAAGAACAGCAGCAUGACCUACGAGAAGCUGAGCAGAGCCAUGAGGUACUACUACAAACGGGAGAUACUGGAGCGGGUGGAUGGCCGGCGGCUGGUCUACAAGUUCGGCAAAAACUCCAGCGGCUGGAAGGAGGAAGAGGUUGCUGGGAGUCGGAACUGAGGGUCCGAACGGGACCCAGGACCAAACGCACAGACUUGAGGCCUGCAGCCCCCUCCUGGGAGGACCGCCAGGCCCCCCCACCAUUCAGGCAGGCUGGGGCCGUGCCAUGGAGAGAAGCUGAGGUUCGGGUUCCUUGUUCAGCCGUCAUCCUGGGAUGUGGGGCUUGUGGCCUCUCCUCUCUGCCCUCCUCCUGGAAUUACGAGCCCUGGGGUUUGAGGUGACCGGUCGGCUGACCACAGCUGCCAGCAUCGUUCCUCUUACCUGAUGCCUCCUAGACCCAACCCAGACAGCAGCUACAGACGAUGCCUUCCGCCUCAACAUGCCUGGGCUGAGCCAAGGAGGCCAGGGGGAGCAGCAGCAGGGGUGCUGCGAGAGAGGGGACAGGACGGGGUCCUCCUGCCCCCUGCUUUCCGGACCGGCUUCCAUCUCAGUGCAUGGACUCCGCAGGCAGGGGUCAGAGCACUCCGUAAUUUAUGUGCUAUAAAUACGUCAGAUGUACAUAGAGAUCUAUUUUUUCUAAGACAUUCCCCUCCCCGCUCCUCUCCCACCGUGUGUUCGUGGUCAGACUGACCGUUCUAGGCCCUCGGCUGGGCCAGUGAGGGGCGGGGAGAUGCCAGGACCCUCAGACUGGGGCUCCUGGCUCCUUUCUCCCGUGAAUGGAAGCAGAGACCUCCAAUAAAGUGUCUUCUGCGCUUUUUCUAA